UUCCUGUCUUACUGUGUGACCAGCUGCAUCUGACUUCUCUGCGUCAUUUAUAUGAUACUGAGUCACACUAUACACUCCUCUCAUUAACAUCACAAACCGCAGAAAAAUAAGCCCUCUAGGCUAUUGAGCGUGUAGUAACUGCUAGUGUAGAAAAGGCAUCCGGUGCUCGAAACUCAACGCUGAAGCACAAGCACACAAAACAGCAAAAGAAGAAAAGAUUGAAGAUGUUCGGAGCUCCUAGUGCAAAGGAAUUGCGGUUUCCCCCAUCCAUUGUUGACCCUGGGAUACAUAUUUUCCGUAUUGAGAAGAUGAAGUUGAUAUCGGUACCUGCUGAAAAUCAUGGGGUUUUUCAUUCUGGAGACACCUACCUCCUUUUGUAUAAUUCCCCAGAGAGCAGCAGCAUUUAUGUCUGGAACGGAUGUGACACAUCUGUGGAUGAGAGGGCUGCUGGUGCGAUUUAUAGUUCUCAACUUCACAUGUACUUGGGAGAGAAACCAACUCAGAACCGUGAAACACAAGGACAUGAGAGUGCAGAGUUCAUGGCCCUCUUCCCUGGAGGUGUAACCUAUCUGGACGGAGGGGUGUCAUCAGGUCUUCACCAAGCUCCUCGGGACCAAGAAGCCUUCAAACACCAUCUCUACCAUGUAAAGGGGAGGAAACAGAUUCGAGCAGUUGAGACAGAUCUUAAUUGGGAGAGCUUCAAUAAGGGGGACUGCUUCAUUCUGAACACAGGAAAGUGUAUCUACGUCUGGUCAGGGUCUCAAUCAAACAUGAUGGAGAGGAACCGAGCUCGUGAUAUGGCUAAUCAGAUCCGAGAUGUUGAAACACGUGGGGCUGCCCAAGUAGAGAUUGUACAAGAAGGGGAAGAACCCGAAGAAAUGUCACAGAUCUUGGGACAGAAGCCAGAAAUUAUUAAACAAGAAAGCACUGACGACAAGGAGGCAGAUGAAAGACACACAAAGGAAGCAGUCCUUUAUCAGGUCUCCAAUGCUACCGGACAAAUGCAGGUAUCUCGAAUUGGAGAUGGCGUUUACAAAAAAGAGCAAUUGAUUUCAGAUGACUGUUUCAUCUUGGACACAUCUGGCAAGCUCUAUGUGUGGAAAGGUAAAAAGGCAAACAAAGAAGAACGAGAGCAAUCCCUGGAAAUAGCCAAUAAGUUCCUUACUUUUAUGAAGUAUUCACCCAAGACCACGGUACAGUUGGUUUCCGAAGGCAAUGAGACGCCACUCUUCAAACAAUUCUUCCAAAACUGGUUGUAAGCAUCAAUGGUUGUAAAGAGGCUACAAUUACAAGGUUGCCUUUGUCUUACUAAUAAAGUAGCGUCACAUCA